UUGGGAUAACAGCUCCAACAGGGCACAUUCUUUUCUCCUCUUUCCACUCGUUUUCAGGGCCACCUGGAAACUUUGGCUCAGGGCUGGGGGGCGGUGAGGAGCGGUCUCCGAUUCCCAGUCUCUUUCUGUGCACAGCUGCGGAGUUCAGUGAAUUGAACCGCAGUGCUGUUCACUCUGCCACGAACAACCUCUGUUGUAAAUCUUCCUCCCAGAACACGUGACGAUGCAUUUCUUGACUAUAUAUCCCAAGGGCAGCGGCAGAGUUGUCAGAGCACGGAGCCCUGCAGAGAGGAAGGACGCUCUUGGACUUGGCCACUUAGCAACUCAGGACAUCAGAAGAAUCUGCCAGCCUUGGGUAAACCCUGGACGUGUGCGUGGCGCCUCAAUGCUGAAGAUGGAGCCUCUGAACAGCACGCACCCCAGCACCGAAGCCCCCAGCAGCCACCUGGUGUCCCACGUGCCGGGCAGUGAGAGCGGCAACGGCAACGAAUACUUCUACGUUCUGGUUGUCAUGUCCUUCUAUGGCAUUUUCUUGAUUGGAAUCAUGCUGGGCUAUAUGAAAUCUAAGAGGCGGGAGAAGAAGUCCAGCCUCCUGCUGCUGUACAAAGAUGAGGAGAGGCUCUGGGGGGAGGCCAUGAAGCCACUGCCCAUGGUGUCGGGCCUGAGGUCGGUGCAGGUGCCCAUGAUGCUGAACAUGUUGCAGGAGAGUGUGGCGCCCGCCCUGUCCUGCACCCUCUGCUCCAUGGAAGGAGACAGCGUGAGCUCUGAGUCCUCCUCCCCAGACGUGCACCUCACCAUCCAGGAGGAGGGGGCGGAUGAUGAGCUGGGGGAGACUUCAGAGACGCUCCUCAACGAAAGCAGUGAAGGGUCCUCAGAGAACAUCCAUCAGAAUUCCUAGCACCCCCAGGGUCCUGGGAGGCGGCCCCGUCAGCCAGCACCCUUAGAGAGGGGAAGGACACUUUCCGUGUCUGCUUUCACUUCGGCAGGGCAGCUGCCACUUUAAAGAGACCGUUGGCGAGCCCCUGCAUGGGGGCGGUGGGGGACAAGACUCCGUGGGAGUCAGCAGCCAGGAAUCCACGCCGGGCCUGUGGUGUAGACCUGGCCCUGGAAAGCCCCAAAGAUGGGCAGUGUGCACCUUGACUUUGGGGUCUGGGGCUUGGAGUUCCAGUUCCGAAUUUGGCAGGUCUCUGUGCUUGCUGUU